CUAUGAUAGAGCAUAUAGAAACGUCACAAUUCAUUUCUGAAAUGGGAAAGAAAAUUAUAUUUUAUGUUAUGCAUGGGCCUCUAAAUUCAAGUAAAAAAGCGGAAAAUACUAAAAUCGAAAUUUACAAUGACUUCAAAUUUACAACUUUUCAACUUUCCAAUAAACACAAUCCAGAAAUCAAAUUUUCCGUAAGAAUUAAAGAAAGGAAAGUAAAAAUCACUAAUAUUGAAGGUAAUCUUAUGCCAUCAUUUAACAUUUUGAUUAAAAGAAUUGAUUGAUAUAAACUUAUUUAUCUAGACUUAAUUGUUAGGUGUAUAUCGGAGACGCAUUCCUGGAAUCCUGUAAACGAGAUUUUUUUCAACAUUUUGUACGGGACGGGUUGCGAGG